CCUUCGUUUGCCUGAUUCAUUAAAUCUAAAAAAGGUUCUUCUACCUAGUUUGAGCUGCUAAAUCCCAAAUCUCAACGAAAUCAACUUCUUCGUCUCUGCUUCUCUGCUCUCAGUAGCUUUUAAAUCUCUCAAUCCUUGCUAAAGCUUUUAGCUUUCCCUAAUCCAUCUCCAUGGCAAAGUUCGGCGAAGGUGACAAACGAUGGAUCGUAGAAGACAGACCCGACGGCACCAACGUCCAUAACUGGCACUGGUCCGAAACCAAUUGCCUUGACUGGUCUCGCAACUUCUUCACCAAACAAUUCUCCGGCGUUGUUAUCCUCGCCGGCGAAGGCAAUCUCUUCAUCAAGGUCACUAAGAUCGACAAGGUCGAAGGCGAGGCUUACGUGAAUGUACGCAAGGGGAAGAUCAUCCCUGGCUACGAGCUUAACGUCUCUUUGUCUUGGGAAGGCGAGGCGAAAGAUUCCGAUGGCAAGACGCUGCUGAAAGCUGAUGGAUUGGUUGAGAUGCCUUAUAUCUCCGAUGAGAAUGCUGAUGAAGAUCCGGAGAUUAGGUUUACGGUGAAGGACGAAGGACCUAUUGGGAAGACUUUGAAGGAGGCUAUGGUGAAGAAGGGGAAAUCGAUUAUUCUUGAGAAGGUUAGGGUUUAUGUUGAGGCUAUGGCUAAAGGGGGUCCUUGUAGGGAUGAGUUGGAGACGAAGAAGGUUGCGCCUAAAUCUGUAGCGGCUGGAUCAGCUUCAGUUGCGGUGGAGAAGUCUGGUGGUGGUGUCCCUGCUGCUGCUGCUGCGGUGGAGAGUAAGGUAGUGAAGGAGAAGAAGACUGUGAAGACUAAGGAAGGGUUUAAGACAAUUACUAUGACUGAGAAGUUUAGUUGCAGAGCUAAGGAUUUGUAUGAGAUUCUUAUGGAUGAGAAUCGCUGGAAAGGUUUUACGCAGAGUAAUGCUAAGAUUAGUAAAGAUGUUAAUGGUCCGAUUAGUCUCUUUGAUGGGUCUGUCACUGGGUUGAAUGUGGAGCUAGAAGAAGGCAAAUUGAUUGUUCAGAAGUGGAGAUUUGGGAGCUGGCCUGAUGGUCUUGAUUCUACGGUGAAGAUUGUCUUCAAGGAGCCUGAACCAGGAGUCACGGUUGUCAAUCUCACUCACACUGACGUUCCUGAAGAGGAUAGGUAUGGGAAUGCGACUGUGGUGGAAAACACUGAGAGAGGAUGGAGAGAUCUAAUAUUCCAUAGGAUCCGUGCAGUUUUUGGAUUUGGAAUGUGAUUAAUGAUUUUGAUUAUGAAAUAAACAACAAAAAAAUCAGCAUUGGCUUUAUCUAUAAGUUGAUUAUGAAUUUCAAUUCAAACAACAGGGACCAAUGAACAAUGCAAAAUGUAUGAUUUUGAAGUUUUUCACCUUUUUAGUUAAUGGAUUUUCCUUGAACUUAUAUA